ACCAUUCUCGCUCCCAUCCCACCACCUUUUCCCAGCAACGGCAACGCAACGAAACGAACCGAACCGAACCGAACCAGGCCAAUCCAACCCGUCGCCUCUCCCUCUCCUCUACUCUCGGCUGCGAAUUAAACCCACCCCGCGAAUCCUUCGAUUCCGGUUCCUCUUCCUCUCUCGCAGCGCGGCGCGAAGCAACCAAUCAAUGGCGGUGGCGUCGGGACCCGCGGCCACGUUCUCUGCCAGGGGCCUCCCCGCGGCGCCGGGCGCCGGCCGGCCCUGCUCGUGCGCCGCCGCGGCCACCGGCGGGGCGAGGUUCCGCGGCGCCGACGGGAAGUGGUGGGCGCCGCUCCUCGGGUGGUCGGGCCAGCCCGACUACAUCGACGCCCAGCCGGCGCCCGCACCGGCGACGGAGGAGGAGCGGGCUGCUGGAUGUGGAGCGGGGGCGAGGCGGUUCGGGGUGCUGACGGAGGAGAAGGCGCGGCAGCUGCGCAUGCGGAUGAUGGAGACGGAGAGCUUCCACGACGCCAUGUACCACUCCGCCAUCGCCUCCCGCCUCGCCUCCGCCGCGCCCGACGGCGACGCCAAGCCAUAGGAUGUUAGGAACAGCUCACCGGCCGCCGCGACCGCCGGCCGAGCCAUGGACGCGCUGUCAGUCUGUGUACAUACACUUUUGGUUGUUCUGUUUGUCCUGUUGAUCGUUACUGUACUCGAACCCGAAGAAGGGGCCAGUGGUAUUUAGGACAGGGCCCCUUCAGGCUCUCCUCAACCUGAUUAUUCCAUGGAGACGGGGGCUGGUUAACUAAUCUUAUCUUAGUUCUGAAGCAAAACUAGGUAGGAGUAGAACCUGAAUGUACAGAAGUAAUUUGGUUGUAAUGAUGUUUACGUUUCGGUUU